UGACUUGACGCCUUUUCGCCGAGUGCAGAUGACGGUGGCAGGCAGUGGUUUUGAAGCUGAGUCGGGUUUAUGACCGGAGUCGUACUUUAUGCUUGUAUACUUCCACUAGCAUUCCAAGGAGCAAAGUAGAUUUAAUUGAAAAUGAGAGUCUGGGAAAAAAGAUAUUGGCCGUUAACGAGGAAAUAUUGAUCAAUGACGUGAACUGUCAAACGUAUCCGGGGUUGUGUUUUGAUGAAGGCCUGUUGCUGGCUACAAGGGAAUGCUCCAAUUUGUCUGGUAGAUGUCGAGACUGGGUGAUCUGUGGACGGGAUUGCUGGUCCAUCUUACAUUGCGAGAGGUUUGUCUUCUAUCAAAAGAUAAUCCAGACGUGUUUUGUGCUUCUCCAUGGCGGGCACACACCACCAGCUCACAGCUUCUUCGGUUAGCCAGCCAGCUAACAUUAGCUUGCCCGUGUUGACAAGCUAACUGGCAAGAUAUCUCAAGAAUUUGGGACUUUGGAGCACUUUGUCUCCUAACAUUGAAACAAUUUGUUCUUGCUGCAUACUCCGUAGAUCCCCCUCGAAGGAUUGUAAGCAAAUGUAAAAGCAAAUCACAAGAUCUCCUAGCUAAAACGUUAACAGCCCUUUGCACCGCGCGUCUUAUUUCCCUCUCGUCCAAGAUUUGAAGUGUAGUUUAAGCGUAGAUUUUCAGUUCAACGUAAUGAAAUCUUCUCCUGCCUACUCGACUACUAAGGUAGCUUCCAGAGAAAUGAGGCUUGUGGAUUCAAGUGUCAAUUCUCUGGCUUGCUGUUAACCUCAAAACGACGCCACUUGGUCUGUGAGCUGUUUGUGCUCUGAAGGGAUCCUUCUCACCAUGAAUCGUUAUCUGCCUGUGGCAAGGCAGCACUUUCUGGCUGCGCUAGCAAGCACUAGUGUGGUUGUGAAAGCCAUCAGUGCUCUGGUGAUUCUCCUCUACCUGCUCUCCUGGGCUGUGGACACAUCAUAUGCACUGGGGGUUACCCCCGGUUAUCUGUUCCCUCCUAACUUCUGGGUGUGGACUCUGGUCACCCACGGAAUCAUCGAGCAGCACGUGUGGGGGGUGGUGGCCAAUGUUGGGACUGUGAUGUCCUGUGGGCGCCUGCUGGAGCCUUUGUGGGGUGCCCUGGAACUGCUGAUCUUCUUUGCAGUGGUAAAUGUAUCUGCAGGCCUUCUAGCAGGCCUCUCCUACUUCCUCACCUAUGUGGCCACCUUCGACCUGGACUUCCUGUUUGCUGUCCGCGUCCAUGGAGUGGCUGGCUUCCUGGGAGGUGUCCUGGUGGCACUGAAGCAGACCAUGGGGGACACGACAGUACUCCGAGUUCCACAGGUAAGGCUCAAAGCAGCCCCAGCUUUGAGUCUCUUCCUCCUGGCCUUGCUGCGCCUCUCAGGCCUGCUGGAGAGCUCCGCCCCCCUGGCCUCAUACAGUUAUGGCGCCCUGUCUGGCUGGGUAUACCUACGCUUCUACCAGAGGCACAGCAGAGGCCGCGGCGACAUGUCGGAUCACUUUGCCUUUGCGAGUUUCUUCCCUGAGGCGCUGCAGCCGGCAGUGGGCCUACUGGCGGGAUUGGUUCACGCCACCCUAGUGAAGGUGAAGGUGUGCAGGAAGAUGGUGAAGAGGUACGACGUGGGCGCGCCGUCGUCCAUCACCAUCAGCCUGCCGGGGACAGACCCGCAGGAUGCUGAGAGGAGGAGACAACUGGCUCUCAAGGCUCUGAACGAGCGUCUAAAGCGUGUGGAGGACCAGUCAGCUUGGCCUAGCAUGGACGACGAGGAAGAUGAUGUGGACGAGAUCCGGACCGAUACGCAGCCCCUCCUCCCUCGUGACCCUCCAUCCUCAGUGCCCCGGCCAGCAGCGGGGGGCGCUGUCGGCAUGACCCUCUCUUCCACUUCCUCGAUGUCGCAGAGCGGUGCUGCACAAGCCAAGCCAGAGUCGAGCAUCAUCAGUUUCGAGGACGCACCUUCUAGAUCGUAAUAGACACGAUGGGCAUGUCACUGGCAGGCCUAACUUCAACGAUAGAAGGCGGUGGACCUGUUUAUACGCUGUUAAUUUCACCGUCAACUCCAAACGUGGAUUUAGCGUGUCUUGUCACUUGACACGUACUGGAUUUGCUCCGUGUGGUCAGGCAGGCAGGCCUACACUUCCUCCUUGCAUACAGGCGCAAGUUAAGCAGCCAUUCUCGUGUGCUGAAUUAAUCCCAACUGAGCUGAGCAAUGUGCACCGCUCUGUGAGGUUUCUUUUUGUUUUGUUUUUGCUUUUUAAAUAAAUGGCAACUUGGAUGUACAAUUCCUUUGCUUUUUUCACAGCAGACCACAGAUGUUUGCCAAGGGAGUGCUCAUUCAUGACAGGCUCCCAAAAAGACAGACUCUGUACAGGUUACUUUGCUGUCAAGGUUUUGGUUUGGCAACCCACAAAAGGUUUCGGCAGCACAAGCAGCACGAGACGGGAGGGAGGUUCUAGCAGAUUGGCAAUGGGCAAAAAAUAUCUUUGGGAUUUGAAAGCAAAGUGCCAGCUGUGACUAUUUUGGACCAGUUUUAUGACUUGUCUUUUUUCCUCCUGUUUUGGUCACAACUUGACAGUAACAACUUUCCAUACACGCAUAUUGGAUGUCUUGCGUUAACAUCUGAUCUGUCUGAUGUUUUAGGUCGACUCAAUGUCUAAUCCUGUGUCCUACUUGAUUUACUGUUUAAGAGUUGAGCGGGUUUGCAUACUGUCAAUACUUUUGUUUUGUUAUACAGUCAAAUUUUAUGGAUUUGGUUCUUUUUGUUUGUGCUAACUUUUACAGAGGACAAACCGAGAGAGGACACCUGCACUGAGUGGUAGUCAGCAUAGUUUGUGCUUUUUUGGGGGCUUGAUGCAUUCAUAGAAUUGCUUUAUUUUACAGAUUAAGACACAUGGUUCCAUAGAUCAAGUGCAUGAUCAAAAUCAUGGUCAGAUUAUGGCAGGCAAGUCAAUUAGACAAAAAGGAACAUGUUUAGGAUACAAACACAGAGGAAGAAAUUGUGGCAUGUCUUGGUUGUAUUACGAUAUGAUGUUGGUUCGACAGACUACGGGUUGGUUUCUUUUAUGUUGGGAAAAUGCAGUUUUUUAAUGGGUCAGUUGGUCAUCGUUGAUCAAAGUCCAACUGAUUUCAAAUCAAACUUGGUCAAAAGCUGAAAAAAUAAUGUUGGGUUUGGACCGAUAGAAAUUUGUAUAAGGGAUACUAUAAGGGAUUUUGAGCAUGUGAUGAAAUAGUAUGGUAAUGAACUGAUAACUCCAGAGAGCAUUUUUCCUGGCCUUGUGUGCAACUCUCAAAAGCGGAAAUGAAACUUGUACAAAGUUAGGUUAUGAACAAUGUGUUUGAUGACUGCAUCAUAUGUUUUCAUUAAUUUUAUAAAAUGCUCAGAUGACUAUGAAAACAGACAUUGCCUUGAACUGAAUGGUUCUGCACCCCUGAUUUCAAAUCAUGCUUGAGUGGGAUGAAGGAUUUUCAAAGCCAAACCGUUAUUUUCUGUUUGAUUUUUAAUUAUUAGACAAAAUAGCCCAAUUGUUUUACUGCUGACCAUUAAAGACCAACUUUCAGUAGCACUCGUUAUAAAAAAUAAAAUAAAAAUGUGCAAAAGCAA